GAGAUAUUUGAAGGCUUCUUUUUUGUUGAGGAAUUGGGAUCGUUAAGAUUCAUUCAACAGGUCCGAAACUUGCAGGAAAUCCAACAUGGUUGAGAAGUCACUUUCCCUUGAUGCUGUUAUCCAGGAAGCCGUUGAUCUGGAAAAUAUACCCCUUGAAGAAGUUUUUGAGCAUCUUAAAUGUACAAGGGAUGGUUUGGCAUCCGAUUCACUUCAAGAACGACUGGAUUUAUUUGGAUACAACAAACUUGAGGAGAAAAAGGAAAGCAAGCUACUGAAGUUUUUAGGCUUUAUGUGGAAUCCUUUGUCAUGGGUCAUGGAAGCUGCAGCUAUCAUGGCCAUUGCACUUGCACAUGGAGGGCCGGGUAACAAAACAGAUUAUCCUGAUUUCAUCGGCAUCCUGGUCUUACUGUUUAUCAAUUCUACAAUCAGUUUCAUAGAGGAAAACAAUGCUGGCAAUGCAGCAGCUGCUCUUAUGGCACGGUUGGCCCCAAAAGCAAAGGUACUGCGCGAUGGAAAAUGGAGUGAAGAAGAUGCUUCAGUGCUGGUUCCUGGAGAUAUAAUCAGUAUCAAACUUGGUGACAUUGUUCCUGCUGACGCACGCCUUCUUGAAGGAGAUCCUUUGAAAAUUGAUCAGUCUGCACUUACUGGGGAAUCUCUUCCAGUUACAAAGAAUCCUGGUGAUGGGGUUUACUCAGGUUCAACAUGCAAGCAAGGUGAAAUUGAAGCUGUUGUUAUUGCAACUGGCGUUCACACUUUCUUUGGGAAGGCAGCUCACCUUGUGGAAAACACCACACAUGUUGGGCAUUUCCAGCAGGUUUUAACUGCAAUCGGAAACUUCUGCAUUUGUUCGAUCGCUGUUGGGAUGGUUAUUGAAAUCAUUAAGAUAUAUGCGAUUGACCACAGGAAGUACCGUAUUGGAAUCGAUAACCUACUUGUCCUUCUAAUUGGAGGUAUCCCAAUCGCAAUGCCAACUGUUCUUUCUGUUACAAUGGCCAUUGGUUCACAUCGUUUAUCACAGCAGGGUGCCAUAACAAAGAGAAUGACAGCUAUUGAGGAAAUGGCUGGAAUGGAUGUGCUAUGCAGUGACAAAACAGGCACACUGACACUUAACAAGCUUACAGUGGAUAAAAAUAUGAUUGAGGUUUUUCCCAAAGGUGUUGACAAGGAUAUGGUUGUACUUAUGGCUGCAAGGGCAUCAAGGUUAGAGAAUCAAGAUGCCAUUGAUACUGCAAUUGUUUCAAUGUUAGCGGACCCUAAAGAGGCCCGAGCUGGAAUCGAAGAAGUACACUUCCUACCAUUCAAUCCAACUGACAAAAGGACUGCACUUACGUACAUCGAUGGUGCUGGUAAAAUGCAGAGAGUCAGCAAAGGUGCACCAGAGCAGAUUCUCAAUCUGGCCUAUAAUAAAUCAGAAAUUGCACGGAAGGUGCAUACAAUGAUUGACAAGUUUGCAGAACGUGGACUACGUUCCCUUGGUGUUGCCCGUCAGGAAGUACCUGCGGGUACCAAAGACAGUCCUGGUGGCCCCUGGGAGUUUGUUGGCCUACUUCCUCUUUUUGACCCUCCUCGCCAUGAUAGUGCUGAAACAAUUAGAAGAGCUUUGGACCUCGGUGUAAGCGUUAAAAUGAUCACAGGUGACCAGCUUGCAAUUGCCAAGGAAACAGGAAGACGGCUUGGUAUGGGCACAAACAUGUAUCCCUCUUCCUCUCUUCUUGGUGAUACCAAGGAUGAUGCAGUUGCUGCUUUCUCUAUAGAUGAGCUCAUUGAGAAAGCUGAUGGUUUUGCUGGCGUCUUUCCAGAACAUAAAUAUGAGAUUGUGAAGAAAUUACAAGCUAGAAAGCACAUUUGUGGAAUGACUGGUGAUGGAGUAAAUGAUGCACCUGCCUUGAAGAUAGCAGACAUAGGAAUUGCUGUGGCAGAUUCCACAGAUGCUGCCCGUAGUGCCUCAGAUAUUGUUCUAACUGAACCGGGGUUGAGUGUGAUCAUCAGUGCCGUGUUAACAAGCCGUGCAAUCUUCCAAAGAAUGAAAAACUACACGAUAUAUGCUGUGUCUAUCACCAUACGUAUUGUGCUAGGUUUUACGUUGCUGAAUAUCAUCUGGAAAUUUGACUUCCCUCCUUUCAUGGUUCUUGUCAUCGCCAUUCUUAAUGAUGGUACCAUCAUGACCAUAUCAAAAGACAGGGUCAAGCCUUCUCCAGUUCCCGACAGUUGGAAGCUCAGUGAAAUUUUCGCAACUGGGAUUUUUCUGGGUAGUUACCUGGCUCUAAUGACUGUCGUAUUCUUCAAGGCAGCUUUUAGAACCGACUUCUUUACGAAAAAUUUCCAUUUGAAGCACCUCGAUACGCCUAAGACGAUGGCAUCUGCUUUGUAUCUUCAAAUCAGCAUCAUUAGCCAGGCAUUAAUAUUUGUGACUCGCUCCAGGAGCUGGUCUUUCAUGGAACGACCCGGACUUUUGCUUGUUACUGCCUUUGUUAUUGCUCAACUGGUUGCUACAGCAAUAUCUGCCACUGCAAAUUGGGGUUUCGCAGGAAUAGAAAGCAUUGGUUGGGGUUGGACAGGUGCCAUUUGGUUAUACAGUAUUGUGACUUAUUUCUUGCUCGAUCCCUUAAAAUUUGCUGUCCGAUAUGCAUUAAGUGGACGUGCGUGGGAUCUGGUGGUAGACAGAAGAACUGCAUUUACCAGCAAAAAGGACUUUGGUAGGGAAGCUCGUGAGGCUGCAUGGGCGGCCGAGCAGCGAACACUACAUGGCCUCCAGUCUGCUGAAACCAAAAAGUUUUCUGAAAGGAGCACUUUUAGGGACAUCAGUCUCAUGGCAGAAGAAGCUAAAAGGCGUGCAGAGAUUGCAAGGUUGAGGGAGCUUCACACUCUGAAAGGCAAGGUUGAGUCAUUUGCCAAGCUGAGGGGUCUAGACAUUGAUGCCAUGAACCAGCACUACACUGUCUAAUUGGUUGCGGUGAGUCCUCUCAUUUCUGCAGUCCCGAGUUCAGUU